AUGGGGACAGUACCAGAGCAGCACUUGUCGUAUUCUUCAAUUGAAGUUCCUUUGCUUCGUCCAGCUCCAGGGCUUGAACAUGAACAGGGUUUGGAACCUGUGGUAUUAUACUCUGUAGGGAUGGCAUCAACUUCCAGAGGUAAAGAUGAGUCGACUUCUGCUGUAUCAGGUCACUUUGAGGUUAAGAGUGAGAGAUUGCUGAGUGCUCUCGCAACAUCUCCGGCACCAGAACCUGUGGUAAUGGCUUCAACUUUUGAGUCGACUUCUGCUGUAUCAGGUCACUUUGAGGUUAAGAGUGAGAGAUUGCUGAGUGCUCUCGCAACAUCUCCGGCACCAGAACCUGUGGUAAUGGCUUCAACUUCUGAAAGUAAAGAUCCAUGGCGUUCUGCUAUUUUGGAUUUUGAGGCUGAAAGUGAGAGAGUACAAGCUGCAGGUACAUCUCUGACACAGGAAGCUGUCGCGUGGGCUUCAUCUUGUGGAAGUAAAUAUGAGCCAACUUCUGCUGUGGCAGGUCACUUUGAGGUUCGGGAUGAGAAAAUAAAAGCUUCAGAUACAACAUCUCUGACCUUUGGGUAUCAGGCUCCUACAUCAAGCUUGGAGAUUGUGGAAGAAGAUGUGGUGCCAUUUCCUCCACAAAUAGGUAAACCUUCGCAGAGGUCAUCGACAGCUUCACCAUCCCUUUUACGUUCUUCAGCAACAGCACCAGCUUUGGUCCUUUCCAACUCAGGUAAAAACAUAGACCAAGCAGAAAAGAAGAAGUAUGUGAAACAAGUAACAGGUCAUCACAGUGACACUGAGCUGCAUUUGGCUGCUCAGCGUGGAGAUUUAGGAGCAGUUAAACAGACUCUUACUGACAUAGAUUCCCAAAUGGUGGAUACCUUAAGUGGGGCUGAUUUUGAUGCAGAAGUUGCAGAGAUAAGGGCAUCAGUUGUGAAUGAGGUGAAUGACUUUGGGGAAACUGCACUUUUUACAGCUGCUGAUAAAGGGCAUAUAGAAGUUGUGAAGGAGUUGUUGAAGUAUUUGACCAAAGAGGGUCUUACAAGGAAGAAUAAGUCCAUGCUUGAUCCCUUGCAUAUUGCUGCAACCAGAGGGCAUCAUGCAAUUGUCCAACUGUUACAAGAUCUUGAUCCCAGCUCACAGAUUGUGGAAGAAGAUGUGGUGCCAUUUCCUCCACAAAUGGGUACACCGCCAGCUCGUAAAUCUGAAAUUCAGAUUGUAUCUCUUGAAGCAAGAGAAAAGAUGCCAUCUAUUUAUAACAUGGAAUCUGAGAUUAUACCUUCUCAAACUGAAGGAGAGCAUAAGAUGAAGUGCAGAUUGAAGGCAAGUGCCCAGCAAUCAGUUACGGUUGCCACAAAAGAAGCCAUUGAAGUUGCAGUAGAACAUCUCACUGUAGAAAAUGAAAUUUCAAUGGAAGAUCAGUUGUUGCAAGAAUCAGUUUUAUUUGCAAAGAAAUCAAUUAAGACAACUGUACAGAAGAUUUUCAGCCACAUAAAUAGUGUUAGAACUACAAAAAUUGCUGUUAUUGGAACUGGUGGUAUUGGAAAGACUACUGUGCUCAAGGCCUUGAUCAACUUCCCAGGCACAAAAGGUAUGUUUGAUGUGGUAAUUUCAGUGACUGUUUCUAGAUAUUGGAACACAAGAAAGGUCCAAACGAGGUUUUAAGACAGUUAUCAUUAGGUUGUGAGUAUUCUGAAACUGAUGCUGAAGUUGCAGAAAGAUUAUAUAAAGUUCUGAAGGGGAAGAAGUUUUUGUUGAUUUUGGAUGAUGUUUGGGAGCAGAUUAAUUUAGAGGCACUGGGUAUUCCUGGUCCCAGUUCAGAAAAUGGCUGCAAGAUAGUAAUAGCAUCCAGAAAGCGUGAUGUUUGUCAUGACAUGAAUUUGUUUGAGGUGGUUGAAGUAAAAAGUAUCUCUUGGAAGGAAGCUAGGGAACUGUUCUAUGAACAAGUGAGUAGAGACAUUCCACUGUCAGAUGUCAAGUCCUUUGCUGAAACUAUAGUUAAGGGCUGUGGUGGUUUGCCACUGCUGAUUAUUGUUACUGGAAGAGCCCUAGGAGAGAAAAAUGAUGUUUCCAUAUGGAAGGAUGCUUCAAAAAAAUUCUCACUGCAUAAAACUUCUAGAAAAUGUCAAAUUGAAGAUGUGCUCCAAUUAUUGAAAUUCAGCUUUGACGAACUAAGUGAUAAUGAUGUGAAGAGUUGUUUCCUCCACUGUGCUCUAUUUUCAGAAGCUCAGGAGGUCAGUAUAAAUAAAUUCAUAGAAUAUUGUAUACAAGAAGGUUUAAUCACUGGUGCUCAAGCUGAUGCACAUAGAAGGGGUCGUUAUAUAGUUGAUAUUCUUAUACAUGCUUCAUUUUUACAAGUUACUGAAGGUGGAAGUUCCAUCAAAAUGCAUGAUUUAAUCAGAGAUUUAGCAUUAGGAAUCAUAUCUUCAAUGCCAAAAGAUAUUCAGUUUCCGUUGGGAGCAGAAGGAAUUCAGUUUCUGUUGAGUGCUUAUUCAAGAUCAAUCGAACUACCUAAUGCGGGAGGUAGUUCAUCAUCAAGAUCAUUGAACAUCCUUGAAAGCAGUAGAUUGUGUAUACCAGAAGGUAAUCAAUUUCUGUUGAGAGUUGGAGCAGGUCUAACAGAACCUCCUUUGACGGAAGAGUGGAAACAGGCCAAAAUGAUGUUUUUGAGUGAUAAUGAGUUAUCCAUGUUACCUGAGAAACCAAAUUGCCCUGAACUUUUGGCAUUGUUCUUACAAAGAAACCGGUUGCUGAGAGUGAUACCUCCAUCCUUUUUUGACUGCAUGACCUCUCUCAAAGUGUUGAAUCUAUCUGAGACUAGAAUAAGGUCCCUGCCAGAGAGACUGUUUAAGCUUAAAAACCUCCUAAUUCUCAUUGUAUGUGAUUGUAAACGUCUGUUUAUGCUUCCCUCUGAUGUUGGAUCUCUUCUUUGUCUUGAGGUGCUUGAUCUCCGAGGUACUAAAAUUAAAGUUUUGCCUGAUAAGAUUGGUGAAUUGACAUCCCUGAAACGUUUGGCAGUGUCCUUCUAUGGAUCUAUCGAUGACAGUGAAUAUGUUAAAUUGCCAUGUCAUUUGAUUUUGAGUGGCAUUAUAUCAAAGUUGCGUAAUUUGGACACCUUGAGUAUUGUUCUUUAUCCAGGGGAUGAAAGGUGGCAUGAGGAUGUCAAGUAUGUCAAAACUGAAGUCAGCAAGUUGAAAAAUUUGAAGUUUCUCUGUUUUCAUUUCCCAGAAGUUGAGCAUGUCCAAGAAUUCCUCACAGAAAGCGAACCAUGGAAGAAGAGACUCUUAACGGAGUUAAUGUCAAGAGUAUUUCUUCUCAGGUCCCAGAGUAUUUGGAAUAUGAUUAUAAUCAGCAGGGUCAAUGCUUGAGAUUUGUAAAUGGUGAAAAGAAACCUGAUGAAGUUCUUCAAAUAUUAGCUCGCAGCACUGCUUUCUAUUUGGAUAAUCAUCUUGACAUUGAGAGCCUUUCCAACUUUGGUGUUGGCAAUAUCAAUGGGUUGAAGUUUUGUAUAAUAAGUGACUGCCCCAAGGUUAAAAUGGUUGUGCAUGUGGAUGAAGUGAAAAAAGAUACUAAUACUGUUUUUCCUUUCCUAGAGACCUUAAGUAUCCAUCAUUUGUGGAAUUUAACAGCUAUUUGGGAGGGGAUUCUACCAGAACGAAGUUUUGCUCAGUUAAGAAUUUUGUCACUGCAUGGAUGUCCAAAGAUGGAGUAUGUUUUUAGAAGUUCAAUGAUUCAGUAUCUCUGUAAAUUAGAGGAACUGAUUAUCGAAGAUUGUCAAGCCAUCGAACAAAUCAUAUUCGAUGAUGAGAUAACAGAUUCAUGUUCUGUUUCACUUCCCAGUUUGAAGAAGUUAACACUUCACUAUCUGCCUGGAUUGAUUACCAUUUCGAGUAGUCCCUGGCCGCAAUUAGAAUAUGUCAGCUUCUACUGUUGCCCAAACUUGAAGAAGAUUGAUGCUGAUUCCAGGUUCAAAGAUGUAAUAAUAAAGGCUGAGAAGAGUUGGCGGGAUGCGUUAGAGUGGGAAGAUGAUGAAUUGCGGUUGCACAUUGAAAACUACUCCACCAUUAUCUUUCAAGAUCAUCUGUAAGUAAAAAUUUUGGUUUAUUUUUUUCAAUGAGUUCAUAGAUUCAGUACGAGUUCAUAGUUUUAACCAUGUUGUACAUAUUGUAUAUCUGAAUUAUCAUUUUUUUAACCUUUAUCUUUACAGUCUGAGUCUGAAA